AUACGGCGAAAAACUCUGAGAGAGAGCGAGACGAUCGAAGAGGAAGCCGUGGAACACGUGCGCAAGGCUUUCGGCUCAGCAGUCAGAACUCACAGAAUCUAGAAACUGAGGAUGCAUUGAGAGAGAAGGAACACGAGAAUGUAAAGGUAGGUUUGUUUACAGUAUAUACCUGCUUACAUAUAAACUGUAUGUAGGCUUUAACUAAGGCUUGUAGCUAAAUUUUAGGAACAAUUAGGUUUUUACGAGCUUUGUUGUAUAAUGAAACGUUUUGCUUGCAUAGAGAUGAUGCACAUUGUGAAAGGUAGUUUUAGUACGAUUGUCUUUUAGUAAACUAUAAUUUUGUCAACCUGAUACUCAGGGUUUCGGAAGUGAAAACCCUGAGUAUCAGGUUGAAAUGUUGUUACCAAAUUAAUAUUUGUUGCAUAUAUUAAAAUAUUGCAAUAUAAAAUCGCUUUCACUGAACUCCCUUCUAAAUAUUUCACAGUUGUGCCAACAGCCAUGUCAACUAAAUGUUUUUGGACUUUAUCAUUUAACCCAUUGAGUCGCAUUGCGCCCUACUUUAUUAUUUUUACUCUGUUAUCUUAUAAAACCAUAUAAGUAUGUUUAAAAUAAUAAAGAAUUACGAUUAUAGCUUAUUCAUAUCUCAUCUCAUUCCCAAGUUAUAGCACUUUUUUAUAUUUCAAGUUAUGACAUCACUGGUUGUGCUUGAGAAGGAAGCAAAUAGGAGAAAGUCUAAUAUUUCUGAGGUGCUUUGAGAAAUGCCUGGUAACUUGGAAAUGAUAUGAAUAAACUUAAAGCCAUUCGUCACUAUUUUGAACAUACUCUGAAGUGAUGGAAUUAAAAAUAGGGAUAAAAUUUCAUUUCAUAAACACUUUCAUCAUUUACAGGAUUUUAUUGGUCGAUUGGACGAAACAUUGGUGCGAAAGCUUGCCAUUCGAUGUUUGCGUAGAGGCAUUGGUAGCAUGGACUACAUUGAUACGUUGCUGAUUAUGGAAGAUGAUCUGGACGAGAAUCAGGAGGAUGGUGAUCUUGGUGAGUUUGGUGAAUCAUCAAUGACAAGGGAUGACAACGAUGAUCCACCUGAGCAAGACUCAUCCAGGGAACCCACAGGGGAUUCCUCAAAUAAAAGUACUGUUAAUACACCAGAUUGGUGUGUUUGUGGUAGAUGUAGACCAAUGCCCCAGGAAGUCGAAAACAAGUGCUGCAAAUUAAAAAAAUGCAUAACACUUACUUCGCGUUUUACCAAGUUGUGUCUUGAUCCUGAUGUUCUGGAGUUAUGUAUCAGAAAUAGAGCAGACAUAAGAAAUGACCACGAGGACAAUAGCACAAGGGCUUUCCGAAAAGCUGCCUACAGGCAAUUCAUUCUAGCACGCCAUGGUCAUCUGGGUAAGGGGAACAGACGAGUCUGCCCUUCAUGCGUCGUAUUAAAAAUAAGGGAACGUUUUCCAUCUGUCACUGGAAUUUACAUGGGAUUUAGGGAACACUGA